UCGAAGGGAUUAUAUCGCCUGUCUAUCUCUGUCUUCGUUCUUCCUGUGUGGGUGAAACAGCUGCGCCGUGGUGCGCAGGUUGCACAAAAUGUUUACGUUUUGCUGCGGACGAUCUCCGGUAGCUUUUGACGACUAUCCUGAGCGGACGAUGCUGAAAAUCGACAAGAUACCUUGAAUAACAAGCGGAAAUAAAGUGACCGCGAGUGCCUUCGUUUCCGCAAGAUGGGCAGUUAUGUGAGCAGAAUUGCCUCCGCUUCCAACAUCGCGGUGAAUUCCGUUUAUCGCGGUCGCAAACGAAAAUGCAUUGAAGAAGAUGAUUUUGAUUCUGAAUCGGACUUCAUCGACAAAACGCUUCAAACGCCGAAAAAGAGAAAAUUACUUACAACUGCACAAUAUAUUUAUAAGACUUUAUUUCAAGAAGAAAAGGGCAGUGAUGUAACUGUUCUAAUGCUUGGAAAAGCAUGGCGAUUGCACAAAGUCUAUAUCAGUCAAAGCCCUUAUUUUGCCAGUAUGUUUUGUGGUUCCUGGAGGGAGGCAAAUGAAAAGAUCAUCAAUGUGGAAAUAGCGGAUCCAAACAUAACACAGGACUCUCUAUUCACAGUUCUUGGCUCGUUUUACCAUGACGAGCUCAGUUUGGAACCAAAGGAUGUCAUUUCCAUUUUGGCCACUGCAACACUAUUUCAAUUACAAGGCCUGAUUGAUCAGUGCACAGAUAUCAUGAUUGAGACAACGAAUAUCAAAACUGUAGUUCCUUAUUACAAUGCUGCUGUCUCCUAUGGUGUACCCACAGUUAGAACUGCAGCCAGGAGAUGGCUCGAAGUAAACCUUCUGGGUUACGGAUGGUUACAUCCAACAUUUUUAAAAGAGAUCACCCCAGAAUUAAUGGUGGAACUAAUCACAAGUCCUAACUUGGUCGUGAUGCAGACGGAAUUCUGCAUAUACAUGAUGCUGCGGAUAUGGCUAUUCGUUCACAUCCAUAAUGACGAGGACCCAUUGCAGAUAGACACAUAUUUUAAAAAUCACACUUGGACGGAGCCAUUUUUGGCAACUGACGAAGGAAAAGAAUUUGCCGCACCUUUUAAGACAUUGAGAAUGAAAUAUUUACUUCUUCAUGAUCAGGAUGUCCAAAUUUUGUACUCCGAUAAUCUCAUUCCCCCUGAUUGGCUUCACAAUGCAUAUAAGGAACAAUGGUUACACCUGUUACGCAUAGAUGCACGAAAAGAUAGAGGAUUCCUGGGCAACAUCCCUGUCCUUGCAUCUCUGUUUUCCUGUCGACUUAAAAUUACUAGUGUAAUCCUCCAUUUCUUACGUAACAGGCCAAAACAGAUGAGCGAAGAGGAGUUCGCCAAAGAAUGCUUCAGGUGUGGAAGGUGUGUACAAAAAGCUGGUGAACACGUUUGGAGGUGGACAGCUUUCCAUUUUGGUUUGGAUUUGGUAGCUUACCUGGACACUACAACCUUCAGGAUUCGAAGAAAUAACAAACUGGAUACAGAUCACAUAAAGGCUAAUCAUAGCAAACAUAAUAUUAUUAUAAGAGUAUCUCUUAUUUCCUUGGAUGAACAAAGGCAAGUGAAGCAUAUCCAAGACUCAGGAAUACACAGAAUUUCUUUGCACAGAAAUGAAGAUCAACAAGUGAUGUCCCUCGAUAAACAAUUAACUUAUCCUUUGUACAUAUCUGUCAAUCUGCAAGUCGUCACGCCAUUCUCGGACACUGAUGAAACUAAAUCACCUGACGUCACGACACUUUCGGAUACUUAGCCCAACUGGUCUCCACCGACAAUACUGUUAAGUAAAUCUACAUGGAUGGUGCCUACUUGGUUACAUGUAUCUCGUUCGUAUGAUUUCCAUAAUUAUGCUAGUCCAAAAAAAUUCGCAACGACAUAUUAUUUCUCAAAUAUUGAUAAUUUAAAGGCAACUACGUCGUUACGAUCGUAACAAUGAAUUGUAGAAACAUUAACUUUAUCAUACAUUGUUUAUUUUGAGGAUAAAAAAAUUAUUCUGGUACUAUGAACAAAUUAUAGUCGUAAUUCUUUGGUGGAUAUUUUUAUAAAAAAAAAAGGAAAAUUGAAAAAAGGAAUUCAGACCGCAAGUACGCCCUUGUUUAAGUUCUAGUCCUGCUUGUAGAAUAUCUUCGUUUUUCAUGUGCUGGCACUUUCUCGAAUUACGUAAUAAGAUCUUCUCUGUAGCUGCUUUAAAAUUAUAAAACCAUGUGUAUCCUUUCGGUUUGGUAUUUUAAUUAAUUGCAAUCAAAAAGAAUUACUAAUAAUUAUCUAUUUUUGGCUCUUUCGGUCCCUAAUUACGAAUGGACAUGUAAUGAUUAACGCUUUGCUUUAAUAAUUAAUAUAUGCAGAUAAUUAAUUAACCUCACAUUCGUUAUUUGAGCAUAAUACCGGAAUCCAGUGAAUAGAAAUGGUGCUAAUCCCUUGAUCAAUAAAAAUUCAUUGACAGUCAUCAAGGUUCUCGUCAUGAUUCUAGGUGCAUAGAAAUUAUGCAGGAUUUAUCAUGAAAUUUCCUUCUUUAAUGAGUAUUGAUAUAAAAAAAUUUCAUUAUAUUCGCUUUCAUGUAGCGAAUAACGGUAGUUAAUAAGUAUCGUAUCAUUCCAUAUAUUAAUUUAUCUUCUUUUCCGUUAAAAAUAUUCGGUGAUAUUGAAUUAAAUGUCUUCUUUCUUUGAUAUUGUAAAUUGUAAAGUAGAAGCGAAACAGACUUUUUAGAAAUUUAUUCAAAUUCAUUCUCAUCAUGUCCCAAUAGUACUUCUUAUCAAUUUCUAGCAGUCGUUAUCUUAUUCAAGAUAAUAAGAAAAAGAAUUUCCUUCAGAACAGGAAAUGCAGUUUACGACUUCACUGUGGAUUCAAAACAUUUGUAAUCUUAGAAAAAACAAAGUGCAUUCCUUAAUAGAUGCAUUGUGGCACAAACUCUGGAAUUAUAUAAUUAUUCAUAUUGGGACGUGACAUUGGUGCCUUUUCUUUUAUAUUGCGAAUAAUACUUUUCUUCCGAAACCAGGAUCUGCUUGGAAAGUUGGAAUAGCAACCGGCGGCGAGAUUUAUUUGUUUUAUUUUUUUUAGAAAUUUUGAUAAGCUUUUACUUUCUUUUUAUAUAUAGUGUUAUAUUGUAUAAUGCCGUGUACUUUCGGAAAGCGCCUUUUCCAAUACGUUAUAUCCUCUGGACGACACUGCACAGAGGUCGACAGAGAAUUAGAAUGUUUUUUUGCGCGAUUAGAGAAGGUUUAGACAGUGAACAAUAAGGAGAAUUAAUUCUUAUUUUUGAUCGAUCAAUUAAAUAUAGAAUUUUAUUAUAUUAUUUUUUGAAUCGCCACCUUAUUCGGCACUGUCUAAUCUUUCUCUAGGCUGUGAAUUAGUAUUGUGUACCUGUACCGAAAUGUAUACUACACACUUUGUAAUAAAGAGUUUAUAUAAUUAUAA